AAGCUCCCUGCAGAGCUGCUUCCUACACGGAUCCGAGGAGGAGCCUCUCCCGGAACGGGCACUGGACUGUUCUGACGUGGCGAUUCCCUCGGGAGCCCCGGGAGUUUGAAGACAGAAGGGAGAAGCCCGCAGAGAGCAUCAAAGGCUGAGGGGUGCUAUAAAAGGAACAGGGGAGUUCUUUGAAAAGAAUCUGUCAUGCACCGAAAUGCUUUCUGGAGAAGGUGCCAUUAUUUGCCUCCCCUUUUGCUCAGAUAAAAGGAGCCAGCAAGGACAGUACUGAAGUAUCCCUCAGGGGCCUUUUGGUCAUUGUUCCUCUUUCCCCUGCUCACGGCUAUUUGCUGACCUUUCCAGAGAAUCUCAGUCCCCCCAGUUCCAGCUGAGAAGACAGUUCUUAAUAAAAAAAGAAAAUUCUGCUGUUGGAAUGGGAGGUGCCGCUUGCUUGCUGUGGUUCUUUUUGCUGUGACAUUUUGGAAUGUCUGCAGAAACAAAAAUAAUAAUUAAAAAAACCUCAAAAACUCCGGGGAUUAGGCAAGAAAAAAGGAACUUUUUUGCCAAAAAGAAGUAAAUGAGAGGUGGUAACUUAUCCCCGAUCCAGGACCUGGAUGAUCAAAAUCUUCAAGUUCUAGGAAACAGCACUUCAACAAAUAAACAAACAUGAGAAGGAGUAGCUGUGGGAUUCCGAUAUCACACAGAGGCAGGUUUUAAAGGGAGCCAGAAACGGGUUCAGAAUUUUGGGGCUGUAUGAUGCCUGAAGACCGAAGUGCUGGGGGGCGCCCCUCAGGUGCCUUGGCGUCUACUCCUUUCAUUCCUAAAACUACAUACAGAAGAAUUAAACGGUGUUUUAGUUUUCGGAAAGGCAUUUUUGGACAGAAACUGGAAGAUACUGUCCGUUAUGAGAAGAGAUACGGACACCGUCUGGCUCCAAUGUUGGUGGAGCAGUGUGUGGACUUUAUCCGACAAAGGGGGCUGAAGGAAGAGGGUCUCUUCCGACUGCCGGGCCAGGCUAACCUUGUCAAGGAGCUGCAGGAUGCCUUUGACUGUGGAGAGAAACCAUCCUUUGACAGCAACACAGAUGUACACACAGUGGCAUCACUUCUUAAACUGUAUCUCCGAGAACUCCCAGAACCGGUUAUUCCUUAUGCCAAGUAUGAGGAUUUUUUGUCUUGUGCCAAACUGCUCAGCAAGGAAGAGGAAGCUGGUGUUAAAGAAUUAGCAAAGCAGGUGAAGAGCUUGCCAGUGGUCAAUUACAACCUUCUCAAGUAUAUUUGCAGGUUCUUGGAUGAAGUACAGUCCUAUUCAGGAAUUAACAAAAUGAGUGUGCAGAACUUGGCCACUGUCUUUGGCCCUAAUAUCCUGCGCCCCAAAGUGGAAGAUCCUUUGACCAUUAUGGAGGGCACUGUGGUGGUCCAACAGUUGAUGUCAAUGAUGAUUAGCAAACACGAUCGCCUCUUCCCCAAAGAUGCAGAGUUACAAAGCAAGCCCCAGGAUGGAGUGAGCAACAACAACAAUGACCUUCAGAAGAAGGUCACCAUGGGUCAGCUACAGAACAAGGAGAACAAUAAUACCAAGGACAGUCCUGGAAGGCGGUGCUCUUGGGACAAGUCUGAGUCUCCCCAGAGAAGCAGCACGGAUAACGGAUCCCCCACAGCUCUAUCAGGCAGCAAAACCAACAGCCCAAGGAACAGCGUUCACAAGCUGGAUGUCUCUAGGAGCCCCCCUCUCAUGGUCAAAAAGAAUCCCGCCUUCAAUAAGGGCAGUGGGAUAGUCACCAAUGGGUCCUUCAGCAGCAGUAAUGCAGAAGGACUUGAGAAAGCCCAAACCACUCCCAAUGGGAGCUUACAGGCCAGAAGGACCUCUUCCCUGAAGGGGUCUGGUACCAAAAUGGGCACCCAGAGUGUACAGAACGGAACGGUGCGGAUGGGCAUUUUGAACACAGAUACCCUCGGGAACCCUGUGAAUGGUCGCAGCAUGAGCUGGCUGCCCAAUGGCUACGUGACCCUGAGAGAUAACAAGCAGAAAGAGCAAGCAGGAGAGUCGGGCCAGCACAACAGACUCUCCACCUAUGACAACGUCCACCAGCAGUUCUCCGUGAUGAGCCUUGACGACAAGCAGAGCGUCGACAGUGCCACCUGGUCCACUUCCUCCUGUGAAAUCUCCCUCCCUGAGAACUCCAACUCCUGCCGCUCCUCCACCACCACCUGCCCAGAACAAGACUUUUACGGUGGGAACUUUGAGGACCCCGUUUUGGAUGGGCCCCCGCAGGACGACCUUUCCCACCCCGGGGACUAUGAAAACAAAAGUGACCGGAGGAGUGUGGGCGGUCGAAGUAGUCGUGCCACCAGCAGCAGCGACAACAGUGAGACCUUUGUUGGCCACACCAGCAAUCACAGCGCGCUGCAUAGUUUAGUGUCCAGCCUGAAGCAGGAAAUGACCAAACAGAAGAUAGAGUAUGAGUCCAGGAUAAAGAGCUUAGAACAGCGAAACUUGACUUUGGAAACAGAAAUGAUGAGCCUCCACGAUGAACUGGAUCAAGAAAGGAAAAAGUUCACAAUGAUAGAAAUCAAAAUGCGAAAUGCCGAGCGAGCAAAAGAAGAUGCAGAGAAGAGAAAUGACAUGCUUCAGAAAGAAAUGGAGCAGUUUUUUUCCACAUUUGGGGAGCUGACAGUGGAACCCAGGAGAACCGAGAGAGGAAACACGAUAUGGAUCCAGUGAGGCUGAUUUCUCCCACUGUCUCCAGUGGCUCUGGGGAAGACUCUGGGGGUUCUGGUGGGAAUAUCAUAUAGGAUCAGGUGGCUGGUCACCUGGCUGUACAGAGCGCUAACUGGGGAAGACAUAUCAUUUACAGACAUUGCCCAUCCAUAUCUGUAAUGUGUACCAAAGUUGUAUCAUGCCCCAUAAUGCUACUGUCAAGUGUUACAACUGGAUAUGUGUAUAUAGAGUAGUUUUUAAAAAGUAAACUAAAAAUGAGAAGCAUAUCUCAAUAAUUAUUUUAUUGCAAGUCUUGUAUUUAAAAUGUUAAAUCAGUAUGUCAUUGCAGUUUAGCUUGCUUUCAAGCUUCACCCCUUGCACUUAAGCUAUUUUUGGCAUUGUGUUAUCAUCAGCUUAUUUUAUAGAUCAAUAUUUUUAUUUCCCCUUUUGCUGAGGAAAUGAAAAUAGGCAGAUAUAUAAAUAUAUAUAAAUAUAUAUAAGAUGAGUUAUUAAAAUCAAAAAGAAUACUUUGUGGCUGUGCUGUUUGUGCCAACGGACCUUGCCAUGACCAAAAAGAGAAAUGUAAAUAAUUUUAUAAAAUACGGUAGAAUCACCAGGAACCUUUGAAUUGCUCUGUAAAUUCUGCCCUUGACACUGCUCAGUUUUCUUGGUGAGAUGCUUUGACGCAGGAGAUUUUGGACUAUGUAAAAAAGUCCCCUUCUCAAGCCCCCUGGUCUGCCUUGCCCAUUCCACAGAUGUAUGUCUCCUAUGCAGGAUGCACCUUAGAGGGGAAACAUGUUUUUUUUUAAAAAGAGCAUUUAAGCAGUCAUGCCUUGAAUUACUCUGUCCUUCUACUGGAUGGUUAAGAGGGAGAUUCUUCCUGCCAUUGGGAAGUUGAAAAACAAUGCUGGCUAACCAGUGCCUACAUUGAGCACGUGUCCUCUACUCCAGCCCCGCCCCCCCACCUCCCCACCCACAAUGCAAACAGUGAAAUAGUAUUACCGUGUCUCUCUCAGUUAACUGCUAGAGUGUGUGCCAUAUAUUCUUCUUUCACUCAGGCCGACUGCUCUGUUGUCAUCUAGGAUUCUUUCUGCACAACAGAGGGUAAAGGCAGUUUGCAGCAAGAGGGAGCUGAUGCAUGGGAAGGGGACCAGAAGGAGGAGGAGACAGGAUUGGAAGAAACUAACUAUUUUGUUUCUAAUUUUUACAGUAUUCUUCCCUGUCAAAAACAUUUAUUCACAAUAAAUUUAAAAUGUGAAUCUUUAAAGGUCCAGUUUUGAUAAAUUUGUGAACAUCAGUAAUGAUAACUUUCCAGAGAAGCCCAGGGCUCUCUGGAGCUGGAGUUUGGGGAGAACAAUUCACAGUUCAAUGAGGCAAUGAUCGAAAUAAAUCUUUCUCAUGCUAGAACAGAAAGUCACAAAAGGUAAAAUUGGAAAUAAAUACUACUGGAGUUUAUGGGAUUCAUGCUGUUUGAAGGUUCUAUGUUUGUAUUUAUUUUCAAGGGGACAGUAGACUUUGCAGAGUUCAUUCUUGCCACUGUGCUGCUUUUGUUUAUAUCCUUACACAGAGCAACCUUACGUGGUCCUUUGGUAUCAACCACUGUCUAUGUAGCAAUACCUUCUUUAUCUUUAGUUCCCUUUUCUCUCUCUUUCCAAUUCUUUAACAAGAUACUCCCACCUGGAUACCCUAAAGGAAAUUCAAGCUCAAAAUGUGUAAAAAUGAUCUCAAUAGCUCUCUCUACUUUUUCAUCUUUUCCCAGUCCCUGUCUUAGUUGACACAAACCUCAGACUCAUCCAGGGAGCUGUAUGAUACAAUAGCAAAAAUCAAAGGCUAUGCAGUCAAACUGCCUGUGUUCACAUUUUCUCCAAUUUGCCAGCUGUUGCUGAAUUUUCGAUGCAUCCUUUUUUUCAUCUGUAGAAUGGGAAUAAUAAAAGUACUGCUCUCACAGACUUGUUAUGUGGUUUCAAUGAGGUAGCUUGUAUUAGGCUGAGAACAGCACCUAGUAUACAGGAUGGACUCCAUAAAUGUUAACUCUGAUUUUUCUCUACUCUGCCCUCUUCUUCACAUUUAAAUUCACUCACCAAGUACUGUUUAGUCCACCCAUCCUCACCUUUUUCAUCUGCUCUCUCAUCAGUUUCUCCCCAUCUCUCAAAGAAAGCAUCGCACCCAGCCACUUGUGUUCCAGUAUCUCUCCUCUACUUUCAUUUGCAGACUGCCCUAAGUCACCCUUCUGAUCAUAUCGUAGCCUUGCUAAUAACAUUCAAAUGCCCUUCACGAAGUGUAUACGAGUCUAACCUGAGAUUCAUUCUCAUCUCCUGCAACUUCCCCCCACACCUGCCAUACCAUUUCAUGCCUCUGGAACUUUCCACCUCCUAUUGUUGUGCCCAUCUUGACUGCCUUCCUUCUAUCUGGCACACUCCUACCAUGUUUUUUUUUUUUUUUUUUUUUUCCAAAUCGAAUGUCAGCUCCUCUAUGACACUUCCUAGGAUCUCAAUGCAGAGUGAGUUACUUUUUGUGCUCCCAAUUUGGGUAUAUCUCUUUAAGCCUUUCCCAUGUCUGAUUAUUUUCUUCACUAAGUUAAGAAGCACUUUGGGAAGCAGCAAGGGGGAAUGAACGAUAAUUGCAGGAAACUCAGAGCCAGACAGACUAAGAUAUGCAUCUCAACAUGCCUUAGGCAAGAUGCAAGGCAAUAAGUCACUUAACCUCUCUGAACCUCAGUUUUUUCAUCUGUAAAGUGGAGAUAACCCCUACAAAGCAAAGAUGCUGUAAUACUUAAAGGUGACAUGUACUGUGCUUAUCUCAGUGCCUGCCACUUAGCUCCAUUGAUAGCUCUAUUGAUAAAUGGAGCUUCUUAAGGCAUGAGAAUAAUCUCAUUGAUCUUAAAUCUCUCCACCUCCAGC